ACCAGAUCAUGUAGUCCAAGAGAAUCCUUGCAAUCCACAAUGAUCAUUAAGCCUAUUAUUAUUGAAAAAGAUAUGAAAGAAAGUAUGAGUGACUAUAGGGCAAGAUCAAGCUCAGAGUCAAGCAGAUCUCAGGUCAAUUUGACACCAAACAAAGUGACAACCAGCAUAAAAAUUUAUCCAUCUGAAGCUAUCUCCCCUCGCACAAGCAUGGAUGAGCCCACUAGAGAAAGGCAUACUUCAACAAGUAAUAUUAGGCUUUCUGCAAAUGAUCAGCCAGUGUUAAAAAACAAUAUAAGUAUACCUUUUGAAAUAUCUAUUAACAAGGAGGAUAUGGUAUUUAAAAUGGCAAAUACAGAUAAGAAUUUGGAGCACAAAGAAAUAUACAGGGCCAUUGAUCACAAGAUUGGGAAGGAGCGAGCAAAGGGAACUGAUAAUGAACUUGAGAGUGAACCUGUGACAUGGAAAAGUCAUAACCGGUUUGAAACGAACCAUGUGGACAGUAAACGUGGAACUGUUAGAAGUUGGAGGAAAGGAGUCUAUGGUUCAACUGAAGAACUAGAUAGAAUUGACAGGGAUUUAUCUGAAACCAAAAGUAGACGUAAAUCAUGCUUUGAUGAGGAGAAGCCUGUAAGGUUGCGUAACCAUGAGAUUUACUCAAGAAAUAAAGGCGUGAGCAGUUGGAGUACUACUCCAGAAUAUAUCUCUAAAAGGAGUCAGAGCACCCUAACUGCAACGGAGAUUGUGUCAAGAAGAAAUAUAUCAAAUGACUCCUAUUUAGGAUAUUCUUCUUGGAGCCGCUCAAGUGUUGAAGUUGAUGACAGUUUUAACUCCAGAAGAAAGUAUACAAGUGAGAGAAUGACAAGAACAGAUUCUGCUGGAUGGAGGCAGACUCAAAACCCAAGACAAAAGGGCAUGGUGGAGGAACGAAUUCGACAAUUAGAGCACUGA